AUGUCCUCCAAUUUGUCUCUAAUUACCCUACCGGAUACAAGUUUAAAUAAUGUUUUAUCAUACUUGGAUUACAAGUCAACACAAUCCCUGCGAAAAGUUUGUCGGGAUUUACGAUACUUCAUUGAUGACGUCGUUCCAUGCUCAUCAGUCAUGAAAAUCUCUCUUCGUAUAAACUCGAAAUUUAUUGUUUUGAAAUUUAUCGAGUGUGGAGUUCUGAUGGAAAUCGAAUAUCGUUAUCAUGAAAAAGGAUGUGUUGUGGUUGGCGGAGGAAAGAACGAAAAACUGAUGGAAGGGCAAGAAUUUGCUAGAAUAUUUUGGAAUGAUUUUGAGGAAAUGUUGAAGCAUCAGAAGUCAGCCUUGGAGGAGUUCACUAUCGUUUUUAUGCAUUUCGACGCUGAAAAUAAUCUUCAAAAAGACGAAGAAAUCUACCAAGUUUCAACUGGAUUCCUGGAACUCCUCAAGACAAAUCUAUCAGCCAGAAUUCACCCUUUACAAACAAAAUUCAUUCAAAUAAACGCGCUCCAUCAGAAUGAAGUGAUGUCGAUUCUUCCAUUUAUUGACACCCAGAGAGUUGAAAGAGUGACAAUUAUGAGUGCAAAAGGAUCGACUGAAAUCGAAUUUGAUUUUCCGGAAAUUUUGAAUUUAGAGCAAUGGAAAAACUCAACGCGCUCCGGAAUUUUUAAGAGCGUUGAUUUGUCUUCACCAAGUGAAAGUGUAGAUCAAACUAUUGCUGGAAAGUUGCACUUGGUUGCACUCGAUGGAGGAUCAGCAGUGUCUAUGGGAUCGAAGUUCCUCAAUUCAUCUGUCUUCCAAUUCUUCGAAAUUUACUACAAUGAGAGCAUGGGAGGUGGUUCGUUGACUGGACAGUUGAAGGAGAAGCUUGGCGAACCGUAUAAAGAUGGAAUACAUCAUUCAAAGAGGACAUGGUUUUUUCAAUAUGAUGGAGUAGACAAUGUUUUCCAAUUGUGCAAUGAUUCAAGCGGUGAAAAAGUGGUUUCGUAUAAACGGAUCAGGCCAGAGGAGGUUCCAGAUGAUGCAGAUACAGUAGCGAGCAUAAAAUUGUGUUUAGGACAUUAUCCGGCAUUUUGA